GUUUGAGAAAUAGAUAAACCAUUCAAAAAUGCAGCCCCCUCUCGCUUCCCCUGUGUCGCAGUGAUGGUGGACUUUGGGCAUUUUCACGAAUGCGGCUCUCCUCUGGCACUUGAAGCGGCGUGACCACCGCACGUCCUACUGACUCACGGAUCUGAGCAGAUGUCUGGUCCAGUACCGACACCGGGCCACCUCCUCUGCAAACACAAAUGGCUGGUCGUGUAGAGGGAACCUGGAUAGAUGUGCACAGAUUGAGCAUCCUGAGAGCGAGGAGGAGAAGAUGCUCAUGCACACAUGCGUCUGGAGGGAUGCGGAGCACUAAACUCUCAUCUUUAGCAAUAUUCCUACUUUUGUUCCACAGCGCGCAGGCUUACGACGAUGAUUUGAGUCAUGAAGCCUCUGGAUCAUUUCUGGAUGCGGCCACAUCACCCUCCUCAACCCAUUUGUUUGGCGGCUUCCAUAUGACAGACAGGAAUCCAGCUUCUGUAGUCCAAUCAGAUCCCACAGGCUCGUCAAAGGGUAGUAGGGAACAACCUGCAUUUUCCUCUGUACUCACAUUACUUGCCAGCACGGCCCAAAAGCCUCCCAAACUCUCGUCAAAAGUUGUUGCACGUGACAAUGAAACACAUCAAUGGCCUUCAAAUGGAUCUUUGGAACGAUUGGAGCCAUUUACUCUUCCAUUGUCUGUGCUGGUCAGCAGCCAAUCCAAUAACUCAGGUAGUCAACCUGAAGCAUGCAUUUUCAACCUGAAGCACAUUCUUGAUGCAUUUGCUAGUUUCAGUGGAUAUCUGAGCUGGUGGCACCUGCAGCCACAUCCAGAGCUGCAGACCCUGAUUCUAGCAGAUUGA